AUGUCGAUUGGGGGCGACUGCCGCUGCUGCGUGGACGAGGAGAUCGAUGCGUUUGGCGAGAUCGUCGAUGGCAACGGCGUCUUCAAGUACUACGCCGAUGGCGCCUGGAAAAUCUCGUCGUCAGAGGAGUCGCUGCCUGUCAUCAAUCCGACUUCUCGGGAGCCCUUCUUCGCGAUCACGGCGUGUACACGCUGUGAGGUGAACAAAGCAUUUCACAGCGCCAAAGAAGCUCAGAAGUCAUGGGCCAAGACACCGCUUUUCAAGCGUGCCGAAAUGCUCCACAAGGUCGCGGGCGUCAUGAAGGAGAAGAAAAACAUGGAGGCGAUUGCCGAGUGCCUAAUCAAAGAAGUCGCAAAGCCAGACAAGGAUGCUUACACCGAGGUUGUGCGAUCCGCGGACUUGCUGUCCUAUACUGCCGAAGAAGGAAUCCGGAUACUCUCGCAGGGGAAGUUCCUUGUUUCGGACUCGUUCCCAGGAAAUGAGAGGAACAAACUAUGUCUAUCGUCGAAGGUGCCACUGGGAAUUAUUCUUGCUAUACCUCCAUUCAACUAUCCUGUGAAUCUUACGGUUUCCAAGAUUGGACCAGCUCUGAUUGCUGGCAAUGCCGUGGUUAUCAAACCACCAACACAGGGUGCUGUCUCGACGCUCCACAUGAUACACUGUUUCCAUAUGUCAGGAUUUCCAAAGGGCCUGAUCUCGUGUGUUACGAUCAAAGCCUCGGAAUUGGGUGAUUAUAUGACCACGCAUCCAUUAGUAAACUGCAUAAGUUUCACAGGGGGUUGUGAGACUGGAAUUUCCAUCUCACAAAAAGCUGGAAUGAUACCUUUACAAAUGGAGCUCGGGGGCAAAGAUGCCAUGAUAGUUCUCGAGGAUGCUGAUUUAGACCUUGCAGCAACUAACAUUAUCAAGGGAGGUUUUUCGUACAGUGGACAGCGUUGUACUGCAGUAAAAAUUGUUCUGGCUAUGGAAGGCAUAGCUGACGCGCUGGUUUCCAAAGUAAAUGCACAGAUUGCGAAACUUAAAAUCGGGCCACCAGAAAGAAUUGACACCGACAUCGUCGACGUUGUUAGUGAAGCAUCUGCGGACUUCAUUGAGUCUCUUGUAGCAGACGCGAUCGACAACGGUGCCAAGAUUUGCCAGGGGUGGAAGAGGCGAGGUAACAAAAUAUGGCCGCUGCUCAUUGAUAAUGUGACAACUGAAAUGAGAAUCGCUUGGGAAGAGCCCUUUGGUCCUGUGAUUCCCGUCAUGCGCAUCAAGAGUGUGGAGGAAGGCAUAGAACACUGCAACUCUAGCAAAUACGGUCUCCAGGGGUGUGUUUUCACGAAAGACAUUAACAAAGCGAUACUUGUGAGUGAUGCAAUGGAAAGCGGGACUAUCCAAAUCAACGCGGCUCCUGCACGGGGUCCAGAUCAUUUUCCCUUCCAGGGAAUUCGCGAUAGCGGAAUUGGCUCGCAAGGAGUGACCAAUAGCAUCAACUUUAUGACCAAGAUCAAGACUACAGUUAUCAAUCUGCCAAGCGCCUCGUACUCUUUGGCUGUGGGUGACUACGAGUACAAGGAACCGGAAAGGCAGCUGGAUGCCGGAGAUUUUGAAGCUAUGAGAGGAGCGCCGUGUGGCUACUGCGCCAUGCAUUCUCUAAUCCCUUCGUCAAGGCUAAAGACUCCCCCGACGACUACAAAGCUCUCUUCACCUUUUUUUCUUCGGGCCAACACGCACAACUGUCUUUGCACACGCAUUACAUACAAAUGAAAGAUAUUUGGUAAGCUCCUUUGAGACACAAAAACCUCGUAACUCUAAUGCUUUUAUUCUCAGAUCGCAAGUCUUUUCAAACUUUAGAUCGUGUCACCGAGCGAGAAGUAAACUGUGAUCGUAUCCACAACAAACGUCUAUAACUUCUGCGUGUUC